GCAAUCUCCUCCCACCUGCCCGCUGAGUUUUAUAGCAACUGUUGCCCGGUGAGGCAGCGCCAUAGUCCCCGUAGUCCUGGCGACUGUAACCCACCAACAACAACCUCUCGCUUCAUCAUUACCACCUCCUCCACCAUCCUCAUCCAUCAACCAGUCCACAGCUCAGGCGCCAUGCAGAGCCCGGAAGCAGGCGCUGACUCCACCUCCACUGUCCCUAUUCAGACCACCGUGCCUGUCCAGUCCACUGGCUCCACCCAGCAGCUGCCUGUUCAGCAACAGACACAGACUGUUCAACAGGUUCAGCAUGUUUACCCAGCACAGGUGCAGUAUGUGGAGGAAAACAGUGGCGUCUACACCAAUGGAAACAUACGAACCUACUCAUACUCAGAGCCACAGCUGUACAGCCAGAACAGCGGAGGCAGCUACUUCGACACGCAAGGGAGUUCGUCACAGGUGUCCACUGUGGUGUCCACACACGGCAUGACCAGCAACGGAGGAGGUGGCAGCGGAGGAAUGAACAUGGGCCUGGCUGCGGGUCAAGUCAUCAACAGCAGUCCGGGGCCCUACCUCAUGGAAAACCCCGGCAGUCACCCUGCCACCCAGACAGCACGGGCGUCCCCUGCUACUAUUGAAAUGGCGAUUGAGACGCUCCAAAAAUCUGAGGGUUUAUCCAGUCAGAGAAGCUCGCUGCUCAACAGCCAUCUUCAGUGGCUGUUAGACAACUAUGAGACAGCAGAGGGCGUCAGUCUCCCACGAUCCACCCUCUACAAUCACUAUCUGCGCCACUGCCAGGAGCAGAAACUGGACCCUGUCAAUGCAGCCUCUUUUGGCAAACUCAUCCGCUCCAUCUUCAUGGGACUUCGCACAAGGCGCCUCGGAACAAGGGGGAAUUCCAAAUAUCAUUAUUAUGGUAUACGAGUAAAACCGGAUUCACCGCUGAACAGACUCCAGGAAGACAUGCAGUACAUGGCCCUCAGACAGCAACCUGUGCAGCAGAAACAGAGGUUUAAGCCGGUCCAAAAGUUUGACACCAGCCCAGGAGAGAACUAUCCCAGCGGAGGCCAGAACCAUCCUGGUGCUGCCGAGCAGACGGUCAUCGCACAGAGUCAGCACCACCAGCAAUUUUUAGAUGCAUCACGCGCUCUCCCCGACUUUGUGGAGCUGGACCUCGGGCAGAGCAAUAUCGACAACAUCAGCCUUGACGAUGUGAAAGCUCUCCAAUCCCUUUACAGAGAGCACUGUGAGGCGAUUCUGGAUGUCGUUGUCAACCUCCAGUUCAGCCUGAUCGAGAAGCUUUGGCAAACAUUUUGGCGUUAUUCACCCCCUGACUCUGUCCAGGGAGCAACAAUCACAGAAAACAGCAGCAUAAGUGAGAUUGAAGCCCGACUCCCACAUUCGCAGCUGCUGGUGCUCUGCAGAAACGAGGCCGUGCUCAAAUGGAUGAGCACCUGUGACCAUCUCAUGUACCAGGCCCUCGUCGAGAUCCUGAUUCCUGAUGUCCUGAGACCCAUUCCCAGUGCCUUGACUCAAGCCAUUCGCAACUUUGCCAAAAGCCUGGAAGGUUGGUUAAAUAAUGCCAUGAAUGCGAUUCCACAGAGAAUGAUCCAGACCAAGAUUGCUGCUGUUAGUGCCUUUGCGCAAACACUGCGCAGAUACACGUCCCUCAACCACCUGGCUCAGGCGGCUCGUGCUGUGCUGCAGAACACGUCUCAGAUCAACCAGAUGCUGAGCGAUCUCAACCGAGUGGAUUUCGCCAACGUGCAGGAGCAGGCCUCGUGGGUGUGCCAGUGCGAGGAGGGAUUGGUGCAGCACUUGGAGCAGGACUUCAAGGCCACGUUGCAGCAGCAGAGCUCUCUGGAGCAGUGGGCGGCCUGGCUGGACAACGUGGUCACCCAAGUGCUCAAACCGUAUGAGCACCGGCCCAGUUUCCCGAGAGCGGCCAGACAGUUCCUGCUCAAGUGGUCCUUCUACAGUUCCAUGGUGAUCAGAGACCUGACCCUGCGCAGUGCCGCCAGCUUCGGCUCUUUCCACCUCAUCCGCCUGCUCUAUGAUGAGUACAUGUUCUACCUGGUGGAGCACCGCGUGGCUCAAGCAACCGGAGAGACGCCCAUCGGUGUGAUGGGAGAGUUUGACAGUCUCAACACCUUGUCACUCUCCAAUAUGGAUAAAGAUGAGACCAGUGGGAUGGACAGUGACUUGGACGAUGACACCGAAGACUCCGGGGAGCCUCUGCCCAAGCGAGAGAAGUCGGAGCAUGAGGUGAUUCAGGUGAUCCAGGUGGGCGCUAUGGAGGACGGCUCGCACCCGGUGGUGGGUGUGGUCCAGCCGAACGUCCUCCACUCGCUGCCUCAGCCGCCACAGGACCACAGCGAACACAUUCUCACACCCUCCAUGGGCACGCCCACCAUCCGCCACUGCAGCGCCACGGGCAACACUUACGCCUCUGUCUGAGGCCACAAUCCUCUCUCCUGCUCUUCACAUAUCAUGUCCAGCUGUGAGUCUCUCCGUCUCUGUCUCGUCCUUGGAGGUGACGGGGUGUCCGUGUCUGACUGACCACCCGCCCGGAUGUGGUGUGAUCCCAUAAUAUGUAUGUGCUGUAGUCCAAUGCUGCUGGAGGGUUUUACCUUCUUUACACUAGUGCUGACGCCCGGCAGCUCAAAUCCACGUCACCCGUCCCAGCAGAGCAAAGUCCCAGAUAAACACCACGGCCCAUUGUACAUAGACAUCCCUUUCAAGUGCUGGCUGUCUUCUCCCUAACACGAUUGUACCGAUAUCACAUCUGCUUUGCCUCCAACGGGUCGCCCCACAACACAUGGUGCUAUUAUUCGCUUCUCUUCUCACACGCUUGACACGUGUGAGUUCGCGCAGGGCGCUUGAAAAGAUCAAAGGUUUUUUUUUUUUUUUUAAUAAUUUGUUGUAGAAGUGAUUCAAAAACCGAGUGGAAUCAGACGCUGCUGCUCAUGUAAAUAGCGCAAACAUUGUCGCCAGCUUUUCAUGUGAAGUUCCGAUGCGUGUUGGGACCGCUGAAGACGACGGGUCAUUCGAUAUGACUCAAACACGACAGAGGUCAGUUCAGUUCCCUCUCAUACAACCUGCUGCAGGCAACUUUGAUGCUUAAAAAAAUAAUUAGAAGAGAAAGACUGUGGCAUCUUUCUCCUUCCUCCCACUCCCUGUCAGCAGUUUAAGAACCAGAAGCUGACUUGCUCUGGUUCCUUUUGAAAAUCUUCACCAAUUUACUUUCAUCCUUUCAGGUAAAUUCUAAAACCCCUCCUUCAGUUGAAGUUGGUAGUUCAGUUAAAAAUGUGGUUAGCAGCAAAUGUGCAGCGACUUUUGGUGGUUCUUUAUUUUCUAAUUCUUACAUAUUUUGUACCUACCUUGAUCUAAAAAAAGAACCGUCUUCAGCAGCCCCAAAAACGCAGUAGCCGACCCGCCUGUGUGGCGUCUCCACCCGGCGUGGCUCCCUACCAGACCAGCUUUCCUGUCUUCAUUUGAAUCCCCGUGCUUUUCAUUGGGAAGGACCAAAAACGCACCACUAAGAGGAAGCGGCUUGAGCCGUUUCCUGUCCCACAGUGCCAUGUCGCAGAGCAGAACGAAUGUCAGGGAUUUCGUGUACCUCGGCUUUAUCACAGUGCCUUAUCCUUUCUAAUGCAUCGCACCUCCUCGCCGCCGCCGCAAUGGCGAGGUGUCGCGAUCGUCCUAUCCACGCUUUUGAGUUGGUCUGGUGACGGGUGACUGGAUUUGGGCUGACGCAGCAGUGUCGCAGACACCGACACGCUGUUGCUCAGCUCCUACCAAGCUUAUGUGAAUCAUGGUCUCUAGCCUUGCGCCUGCCCCACGUCGCCCUCUGCAGGCCUGGACUGGCCUUCUUUGCCUUUGUCGUUGACGUGUGAAGGAUGAAUGUCUGCUCACUAUCUGAGUGUGUCUGUGUGUGUGUCUGUGUGUGUGUGAGAUCCAUCAGUCACCCUACCUCAAACCAGUGGUGCCAGCCCUUUUGACCUGUGCAGCACACUAUCCAUAUUUCACCCGACACACACACACACACACACACACACACACAGAGGGGCGGUGCACAACUCUCCUCUUCUCAGCUGACACACACACACACACACACACACUCACACUCUUUUAGUCUGUCGAGCCGUUCUUUUGCUCCUCUGUUUGGAACCUUUGUACAGUGGACCAAAAGCAGAUAUUUUCUGAUAUUCAAAGAGAUAUAUAGAUCUAUAUAAAUGUAAAUGAAAUAUAAUAUUGACGACACUACAUAUAUUUGUUGCUUUUUAUGUGGUCGAUCUGAUUGUACAUGGUUGUUCUGACGGUAGCUCUGCUGUUAGUAGUUGAUAGACUGUGAAAGAGGCGGGGUGGGAGGGCCAGUGGGGGGGACCAAACAUCCAGUAGAGAGAAAAACAUCUAUAUACUUGAACUGUCAAAGCCUUUUUUUUUUUAAUCGUGUGACAAAUAUUGAGAUUAAUCCUCUGUAAAGAGCGAAUUUUGUCACUUUUUUUUCCUCCGCUUGCGUGUUUAUUUAUUGAUAUUUAUUGUGUUGCGUUUUUGACUGUAUGUGACGAAGGGUACUAAGAGUGAAACCAGUGACCUGCUGUACAGAAAGUUGUCCUUUUUUUUGUCCAGAUAAAGUGUGUAAAGUGAGCUACACUGCUGUUUUUAAGUUGAAACCUGACCCUUUUUUAUUCACGUCACUCCAGUCAUUUCAACAUGUGUCCUUUUAACUUAAUGUUGGAGCGUGAGGGAAACCGUCGAGAGAAGUUUGGACCUUAGUUUGGCUUCAUCCGUCACCGCAGUGGUGGAAAAACAGUGGCACGUCAUGUUCUCCUCAUCUGGCUUUGUUACGUUGGAGAUAUUUACGCAUCAGAAACAGAACGCCCUCUCAAAACAAAAUGAAUGAUCUUGUAUAUGUGAGGGGAAAAAACCUUUCGACAAUCGAAACGUUGUGUGGCUUUGACACGACUGGUUCUACAAGUCACAGUAAAUGUUUGUUUUACUCCGCUGUGGAUUGACUUUACAGUUCAAAACAAAUAUUGGAACGUCGACAGGUCACUCUGAGCUUCACUUGAAAAACAUCUGUUUGAAUUGGUUUUAAAUGCAUCGUAGUGCGAACACAACACUACAGUCAUUUGAAAGGGGAAAAAAAAAAAAGAAAAACUUCCAUUUUUGUUUCCUUCAACAUCCCGCGGUGACCAUCCGACUCUGUUGUAGAAAAGGAUCUGAACAAAUCAGAGUCACGUGAACGCAUCCCUGUCGAGUGCACAUUCAUGACAAAUGGACACUCCCUUACUUUGGUAUCUGACCAUGUAAGCUGAUCUUUUGAAGUUACAAAAAGUUAAUGGUGGUGGAGUGAUUUUGAAAGCACCUUGAAGUCUUCAACCCGUCCAACUCUGAAGAAUCAGGUAAAAAAAAAAAAAAAAAUACACAGGUAUGUUCUUUUUUCUUUGGUUCAAAAAGUGCUCUAUAAACAGACAAUAGCCUCCUGUAACACGUUCUUUGUCUUGGACCUUUCGAACCAGUGGUUUCCGUCCACCACUUGAAAGUCUUAAGGAACAGAAUGAAUCAGUGAUGCGGACGCAGCCAGCUGCUAAAACGCUUUUGUUUUCAUGUGCAAAAUCUGCCACACAUCAUCGUCGCUGUCGGCCGCGCGUCUUAAAUACAUCACUUUUAAUACGCUAGUGAAUUCAAGCGGUUGUCUUACUUCCUGAUUGGCCUCCCCCGGGAACACCUGGCCAUGUCGAGGGCCAGUUCUUCCCAUGCCUCAAGUGAAAUGGGUCGACUGCUUUUGGGGUCAUAAGUGCUCUCCGGACUCAACGUGCUGCUGAAAUCCUCGCCAACACUGAUGCUGCCAACUGUAUCUCACCAUAGGAAAAGAAGAUUUUUUUUAAAUAUGAAAAAAAAAAAAUGAGACUGAUUUCCAAACUUCAGAAGAAAGAAAAAGCCAGCUAGAAAAAUGUAAACUGAAAAUAAGCUAUUCUGUGAUCAUGUCAAGGGACGCCUGACCCACAGCAGACUCCAGUGCCUUGAACUUGGGCCGGGCCAGUGCAGACGGCCUGGGUGACCGAAGGCUCUCUGGCAGGCUACGGAAAGAGGUGCAGGUGGAGGAAAACGCCACACGGUCUGAAACAGCUUUGUAUUGUAUAGAACUAUCAACAAGUGGCUGUAUGUGGAAAAGCAUUGUUUUCUUAUGAUUGUGAUUCUUUUUUUUUUUUUUUUUUUUUUUCCUGAAUGCUGUGAUCUGUUAAGAUUUGUAUUUGGAUGUUCAAGUGCCAUUUGACAGUCUAGUGAGUUGUGGCCGCUGUAGCACGCUCUGAUGCAAGCACAAGCAUUCGCCAUUUUACUUUCCUCCUUCCUUCGAUAUCAUCUAUCAAAAUGGAUAUAUUUAUUUGUACUAAUUAUUUGAUUCGCUCUUUAUGUCCACUUUAUAUGGAAUAUGUUCACUUCAACGGGAUUGCUUUCCCUUUCUUUUUUGGAUGAUGUAUAGUAUCUGAUCUAAUAUAUAUAUAUAUACAUAUAUAUAUAAACACACACACACACACACAACGAUCAUGUGACUUUCUUUGUGUGCCUGCUCACCAUUUCUUUCCUCGCAGCGAUGUUUUGAAUUUGGCAAGCAAGCGCAACGCGUGUCGGGUGAUUUGUAACGUGUGUUUUACAAAAAAAGGAGGGAAAAAAAACGGGGGGCGACUUUUAUAUUUCUAAAGAUGUUAUGAUUUAGUGUGUCGUAUUGCUGAAUUUAGAUAUGACUGAAGACACAUGUAGUUUGUUUUUUCUGAAUAUUUCAGAUCUCAGCUCAGGCUAGCUUCUUUAGUGUUGUUUUCUUAAAAUUUGUGACUCGUCUUUGCAGUAAUAAACGUUUUCUUGUUCAAGG